AUGCACCGCGUGCUUCGUACGCCCGAGCUAGUCAAUCUGAUCAUCGACCUCGUACAUUGGUACUCGCUCCCUGCCGUUACCAGAACAUGCGUCGGCUUCUUUGAGCCCGCAGCACGCAGAUUAUGGGCAAAAGCCCACACAUUCGUGAACUUGGCAAUGUGCCUGCCGGAUUCAUGCUGGAAGUGCUCGAAAUACGUGCAUGGAUUAUGGGGCUAUAACUCAAAGCUGACCAUCAUCCGCGACCUCACUAUGCACGACGUUCAGAGAUUCAGGCUCUACGCUUCAUUCGUUCGGGAGCUCGACUUCCACCCCGAAUUUGCCGGAGUCAGGCCGCGGAGUCUCGAGAAGAUUGCUCUGGCGCUGGGAGACGCGAACCUGCUGCCCAACCUUCGCCGUCUCACGUAUCAUGGCCCGUCACAAUGGUCUCGUAUACUUCCCUUUCUCAUUCCAGCAUCCCUUACAGAAUUCACCUUCGACAUAUAUACGGUGAACAGGGGAGACUCCGAGGAUAUCGACCCUGAGGACGGCGAGCACGAGCGAUCCGCGAUCGCCACACUCAGCAACCGUCGAUCUCUCGACAUGCUCGAAUUGACGUGGCCUGUACGCUUUCCAUCCUUGGAAGACACAAUGCGGGGCUGGAGCAGCCUCAAGCAUCUUCGUCUUUCCGGCUCGGUCGACGCUGCCGCGCUGUGCGCGAUUGUCGAUCUACCUCGCGUUGAGUCUCUCGCGCUGAUCAACUGCAUUGUGCAGUUACCGGAUACUGUGCCCGUUAACUUCCAUAUACGCCACUCGCUGAAGACCUUGUGCGUAUUUGGGACCAGCGCGCCUUGUGCCGCCUGGUUCUUCGAAGCAGCAGGGCACGUCGAGCUCGAGCAGGUCAAAUUGGCAUGUCACACCUUCCGAAGGCCUAACUCGUUGAAAGCGACAUGUCAAAUGCUCGAGAAGCAUUGCUCAAAAGCCCUACAGAUCCUCACCAUCAUCGAGAUCGAGCCCGAAUCACACGGCGAGGUGGUACAAGACGAGGAGACCUCGACAUAUACCAUCGACGACCUGCUUCCCCUUCUCAGCUUCCCAAACCUCUGGUUCUGUUCCAUCGAGCUGCGCAGCAGGCUCGUUCUAUGGGACAAGGACAUCCUGUUGAUAGCUCAGGCCUGGCCUGCGCUCGAGCAGCUGGACCUCUACGGCAUCGCGGUCCCUCGGCCCACCUGCACUCUCACCAGCCUCCUCAUCCUCGGCCACUUCACGCCAGCGAUACGCCGAGUGGCGAUGAGCAUGGACGCUACCACGAUCGACGCGCUGAACGAGGCUCUAUCGCAGAGCCCGGGCGACGUCAUGGCAGCGUUCACCAACCGCUCACUCAGGACCCUGGCCGUGCUCGACUCGCCUAUCAAUUCUGAGUUGGCGGUCGCAUCUUUCUUGUCGAGGUUCUUCUUGUCUUUGAAGGUCGUCCACUGCGUGGCAGCGAAGGACGGAGAAAGAGAGGAGGAAAAUCGGCGACGUAGGACGUGGGCCGAAGUCGCGAAAGCGCUGCCUUACUUCAUGGAGGCAAGAGCCGCCGGGAUGGACGGGCCCUUAGAAACGAGAUGA